CCACCACCUUCUGAGGAAGGUUCCAGAGAAGAACCCCACCCCCACUCCAACCAGGUCACAAUGGCUGGAGCUUUGAGGGGCCCAGGCCCCCUGAGCCAGGAGGAGAGGAGGAAGUCCAAGGAAAGAUGGCUGGCAGUCACCCCUACUUCAACCUGCCUGACUUCACCCAGCCAUCGCCGCCCUCCACUCCGCCUAGCCUCCCUUCGCACCAGCGCUGCCGGCCCUCUGAUGCCACCAAGGGCCUGCUUGUGGCCCUGCUGGGUGGGGGCCUGCCCGCUGGCUUCGUGGGCCCCUUCUCCCGUAUGGCUUACCAGGCUUCCCACUUGCCCUCACUGGAGCUGCUCAUCUGCCGAUGCCUCUUUCAUCUCCCCAUUGCCCUGCUACUUAAACUGCGUGGUGACCCACUGUUGGGACCUCCUGAUUUCCGAGGCCGGGCCUGCCUCCACGCCCUGCUCAACGUCCUCAGCAUUGGAUGCGCCUACAGUGCGGUUCAGGUGGUGCCCGCUGGCAACGCUGCCACAGUUCGUAAAGGCUCUUCCACUGUCUGCUCUGCUCUCCUUGCCCUCUGCCUCGAGAGCCAGGGUCUCAGCGGCUAUGACUGGUGUGGACUGUUGGGCAGCACUCUGGGACUAAUCAUCAUUGUAGGACCUGGACUAGGAACACUGCAGGAGGGGACCACAGGCCUCUAUACUGCCCUGGGCUAUGUGCUGGCUUUCCUAGGAGGCCUGGCACUGUCACUGGGGCUUCUGGUCUAUCGUUCUCUGCACUUCCCCUCCUGCCUUCCAACAGUGGCCUUCCUGUUUGGCUUGGUGGGGCUGCUGGGUUCUGUGCCAGGCCUUUUUGUACUGCAGACCCCUGUGCUGCCCAGUGACCCUCUGAGUUGGAGUUGUGUGGGAGCAGUGGGGAUCCUCGCCUUGGUCUCCUUUGUGUGUGUGAGCUAUGCAGUUACCAAGACCCACCCUGCCCUGGUUUGUGCUGUCCUGCACUCUGAGGUGGUGGUGGCCUUGAUGCUGCAGUAUUACGUGCUCUAUGAGACUGUGGCACCUUCUGACAUCAUGGGGGCAGGGGUUGUGUUGGGCAGCAUUGCCAUCAUCACAGCCCAGAACCUCAGCUGUGAGAAGGAAGGGCAGGUGGAGGAGUGAGAGAUCCUGGGGACUGGGGGGGCAGGGGUAAAUAGAAAAGAGAGACUGAAAUACAAACCUGGGCGAAUCAGUGACUGGAAAAGAACUGGUGUGGGAGAGGGAUACCUCUUGGAGUCAUGGGUGACUCGGGGAGUUGGUGGAGGGAGUACACGGAAGACAUGGAAUAAGCCUGGGGACCAAGGGAUGUGGAGUCUAGCUAGGCCAGGUCCUGGGAAUCAGGGCUUAACUAAGGGGUGAAGUCUGAAGAGCAGACCCAAAAGACUGAGACAGGCUAGCCAUGGGCCAUGGGGAGGACUUCCCUCAGCAGGAGAGAGAAGAGCAUUGGGGCUGGCGUUUUCCCGGGAGUUAGGGUGAAGACAGAGCAAGCAGCUGCAUUGGGAGAGGAGAAUGUGCCUCUUCCCCCCCCACCCCUCCCCCUGGGCCACGGUUUUCUUUCCUCCUGGUUGUGCCCCACCUUGAAGUGGUGACGUGACAGUGACAUUGACAUCAAACAAGGAUUACUCUGAAUGUGGCUGCGCAGUGGUGUCAUCUCUGCUUUGGAGGGAGACUGGAAAUCUUACAGUCGCUCUUAUUAGAGAAUCCCUUGGGAUCCCCGCCCCCAUCUUAUUUCUGAAAUAUUCUAGAAGGUGGAGGAUUUCCUAAUGUUCAGAUUCCUUGACAAUCCCCCCCAAUUCCCCCAGGACUUUUGUGUCCCGCCCCAUGGCUAAUCUGCUUUUCCCGGAUUGUUGCGGUCCUGUGGUCUCUCCCAGACAGCGGCCCGUCGCCUUCGGAAGCAGGCCUCGGAGCGGCUCAGGCCGGGAAUACAGGGCUAAGAUUCGGUACAGCGCUCAUUAGAGACCAGGAGAUGCCCACUCAUCUCUGGAGGCCGUUUGAUGAGUAUCAGCUAUUUCCGGACAAGCAAUUGGCCUCGCCAUCUUGAUCUGCUCAUGCAUAUUCAGCGUGAAACUGCAUAUUCAUGACCAAGGAUUGCCCCUGCGCUCCC